AUGCGGAGUUCCUCCGUGCUACACGGGGACUGACAAUGGACGCCCAGAAAGACGUUCAGCCCCCGAAGCAGCAGCCAAUGAUAUAUAUUUGUGGAGAAUGUCACACCGAAAAUGAAAUAAAAUCCAGGGAUCCAAUCAGAUGCAGAGAAUGUGGAUACAGAAUAAUGUACAAGAAAAGGACAAAAAGAUUGGUGGUCUUUGAUGCACGUUGAAAUGUACAUUCAGAGGAAUAUCUUCAUUUGUACUUGCAUUUGCUGUUAAUGUUUCUCACUGUAUGGCUUUUGGUUUAGCAUCUUUUUGAACUACAUAUGAUUUCAUUUUUGAACCAUAUUGUAUUUAGGUAUCUUUUAAUGUAAAGAAGU